AUGCUUGUUCCUCCUCAAUUGCUCCUUCUUGUAAAAGAACCCAAUGUAGCCAAAUACGACCAAUCUCAUGUCCGAACCGUUCUCAGUGGUGCUGCGCCGUUAACAGUUGAGGUGUAUCGCUUGCUCACCAAGUUGCUUCCCCAGGCACAUAUCUGCCAGGCAUACGGUUCGACAGAAACAUCGGGCAUUAUUUCGAUUUCUCCCUUGUACCCCAAACACAUGCGACCUAACUCGAGUGGGGCACUAGUACCCGGAGUUCGCGCACGGAUAGUCAAACCCGAUGGUACCCUGGCAGGAUACGAUGAAGAAGGUGAAUUACACGUCAAGACACCAGCUCUUGCCACGGGCUAUCUCAAUGAUGAGGCAGCGACGCGUGCGACGUUCCUAGGCGACUCAUGGAUGAGAACUGGAGACUUAGUUAAGAUGGACAGGAGUAACGAAAUUGUUGUCGUUGAUCGUAUCAAGGUCCGUGGAUUCCAAGUGGCUCCAGUUGAACUAGAAGGCUGUAUCUUGGAUCACCCUAUGGUUACGGAUGUCUGUGUCGUAGGCGUCCCGCACCUCUACAAUGGUGAAGUGCCUUUCGCAUUUGUCACCAUCUCUCAUGAAGGACAACAAAUGAAUAAAGCGGAGCUGAAAGCCUCCAUUCAAAGGCACAUCGAGAAGAACAAAGCACCGUUCAAGCGCCUGCAUUACGUCGAAAUUAUCGAUUCUAUUCCGAAGACCCCCAGCGGCAAAUUACUGAGGCGGGUGCUACGACAGGAGGCUAGAAAGCUAGUCGUGCCAUCUGCAAAACUGUAG